AUGAUUUUUAUUAUUCAUUUAUUAUUUUCUGCUUGGUGCGUUAUCAAAUAUGAUUAAGGGCUUUAAACUAUAUUAUACGGUAAUUUCAAUUGUCAUAGCUCCUACCAACAAACAAAUACGAUUUCAUUUUCAGGAACAUUUUAAAAUAUACCUAAAGUCUUUUUACAAUUAGAUUUGGCUGAUUGGUAAUAGGGAAAUGGUGAGUUUCAAUUAAAAAUCACAAACGUUAGCUUAACGAGUAAUUUUAUCUUACCAUCAAGAUUUUUUGGUCUAAAUUGUAUGUCCAUCAUCUAUAGUGUAUGUUAGACUUCAAUUAAAAUGGUAUGCAAUCGAUGAUGAGAGAGUCCAAGUAAUAAAUGCAUUUAAUAUUGUUAAUCCAAUAUAAUCAACAAUCUAUCCACAUUUAAAUGCUAACGUAGAGAAGGGCAUAAUAUUUCUUACAAGCUUAGGUUAAUUUGGAGCACUUGAGUUUGUUUUAUCAGUAUUUAUAUAACAUUUAUAGAGAUAUCAAGCUUAACUAAAACAAGUGUAACUAUUGAUAUAUCUAAUCCAUCUGCAAAGCUUGGAAAUAUCCGAUUAAUUGGAUAUUAAAUUGUUCUUGGAACAAAUGAAAUUUUUGAUAUUCUUGGCUUAUAAACAGUUACAUCUUCAUCUUACACUAGUGAAAAUUUCGACUUACAGAAUGAUAAAUGGUUUUUAACAUCUAUUAUUGGAUUAAAUUAUCCAAACAACUAUUUUUUGUAAUUUAGAUGGCUUUACACAACUACUGCAUCAACUAUUUAAUAUACCGUGAAUUCCUGUAAAAAAACUAAUAAUUUUUAUUUUAGGGGAUACUCUUGUGAAGCAUACUCAUUAAAGAGUAUGGAUGUCUUAUGUGAUAAAUACAAUUUAUCUACCAUUAGAACUAGAUACUAUAAGAAUUUCUUAAAAAUAGGAUUUAGAAGCACAAAAUAAACCAACUAUAUUUGCUGAAUUGCCAUAAUCAAAUGAAAUUUUUGAUUAAAUUGGUACAUUUAAUGUAAUUGUUGAUAAGUAAAUUUCCCCAGUUCUUAUUAAUGUCAUUAUAAAAUGUUCAUUGGGUAAGUAAAUUAAAAGCUAAUUUAACAAAUGUAAUAGUUGUCCGAUUUAAAAGAAGGAGAUUUUUACUCAUUUUUGUAACUGUAAUAUCAAUUCAAUAUUUUAUUUUCCAAGAUAUAUUUCAGCUAUUUAAGCUCAUCAAGAAUUGAAAAUAACUGUUAGUGUUACAAAGAUUUCUAUUAACUAAAUAACUUAUAAUUAAAUGAUGACAGAAACUAAUAUUUUAGACAUAGAAUUAUUGAAUUUAUGA